CCGACCUCAGAGCGCUGUGAUCGGGGGUUUGCGGGGAGCCAGUGGCUCAGCCCGACCAGAACCAGCGGUCCUCCGGAGGUGGAUGAUGAUGGUGGUCCCACGGCAUGGGGGUAGAGACGGUGUCAGCCGGGUACAAUGAACGACCGAUACCAUAAGGCGGCCCGGGACGGGUACCUGGACCUGCUGAAGGAGGCGACGCGGAGGGACCUGAACGCCCCGGACGAGGAUGGCAUGACACCGACGCUAUGGGCGGCUUACCACGGGAACCUGGAGGCGCUGCGGCUCAUCGUCGGACGAGGGGGGAAACCGGACAACUGCGACAUGUGGGGCAACACGCCGCUGCACCUGGCCGCGGCCAACGGACACCACAACUGCCUGUCCUUCCUGGUGGCGUUCGGCGCCAACGUGUGGUGCCUGGACAACGACUACCACACGCCGCUGGACAUGGCCGCCGCCAAGGGCCACAUGGAGUGCGUGCGCUACCUGGACUCCAUCGCCGCCAAGCAGACGGCGCUGAACCCCAAGCUGGUGACCAAGCUGCGGGAGCAGGCCUUCCGGCACGCCGAGCGCCGCAUCAAGGACUGCGCCAAGCUCCAGCGGAAGCACCACAAGCGCAUGGAGCGGCGCUUCCUCAAGGAGUCGUCGGCGGCGGCGGCGGCGGUGGAGGCCUCGGUGUCGGACGCCAUGAGCUUCUCCAGCUUCAGCGGCAGCUCGGUGAGCCGCGGGAUGCCGCGCUACAGCGCCGCCAGUGUCAGCGUGCCAUACUCCCAGGCCACACUCCACGCCACUGGCCGUGGGAAAACCAAGAUCCAGAAGAAGCUGGAGAAGAGGCGACAGGUCGAGGGCACCUUCAAGAUCUACGAGGACGGCCGCAAGAGCGUGCGCUCGCUGACGGGCCUGCAGCUGGGCAACGACGUGAUGUUCGUCAAGCAGGGCACCUACGCGCCCCCCCGGGAGCGCGGCCGACGCAACGUCCGCAACAUGUUCUCCGGCGACAACGAGGACGCCGUCUCGCGUGCCAUGAGCGUGCCGGACCUCCACCGCUCGGAGGUGGACUACUCCGAGAUCAGCACGGACUCUGGCCACGACUCGCUCUUCAACCGGCCCGGCCUGGGCACCAUGGUCUUCAGGCGGAACUACAUCAGCGGGGGGCUGUCGGGCCUGCGGGGGCCGGAGGGGUCCAGCGUGGUGGGCACCGACGGGCCGAGUGGUGCCGUGCGUCUGCGGAGCCGGCUGCAGCACUACCCCAGCGCCGACCAGGACAGCAUCGGCAGCGCUCGCAGCCUGCAGGAGAGGAACUACCAGGAGCUGCCCUGGGACGAGGUGGAGCUGGGGCUGGACGACGACGACGAGCCCGAGUCCAGCCCCCUGGAGGUGUUCCUCGCCACGCAGAGCAUGAGCGAGUUCACCGCCCUCCUCCGGCGGGAGAAGAUCGACCUGGAGGCGCUGCUGCUGUGCUCGGACGACGACCUGAAGAGCAUCCACCUCCCCCUGGGGCCCAGGAAGAAGAUCCUGGAGGCGUGUCAGAGGCGCCUGGACGCCAUCGACGACCCGGACCGCAUCGAGGACACCGAGCUGUAGAGGCUCCACGAUGUGGGUACCGGGUCACUGCUCCCCUGUUGGGGUGAGCUUGCAAUGAGAACCAGAGUGACCGCGUUAGAAGGAUUUGUGUUUGAAUCGGAGCCCUUGAGACGGACCGGUUCGCCCUGACCCUGAACCAACGAACCAAACGACUCGACAGACCAGUGCUGCAGAGUCGUGAGCCAUGAGACUGAACGGAAGGGGGGGGGGAAACGACCACUGGCUCCUGUCCCUCAGGUCUCUGUUCGCCCCUGUGGGGGCCAUCUGAAUAUCUCCUGUGCCUGUGUUGCCUGUGCCUAAGCAUUUUUUUAUAGUAUUUUAUACAAUAAGUGGAUCUUACAAUAACUAUGUUUUUGUCUCAAUGGUGCAAUACUGUCAGGUCUUUUUUUUGGAGCAUGUUAGUUUUUCCCUGACACAUUAAUUGUGAGUAUGUUUACCCAACAGCUGUACAUGUUUACAUUAGGUAUGCCAGCUAAGGGAUGGUUUAGAUUUGAGCCAAUGGCUUUAAAGUCAUUAAUCCCAUUAUUGGUGGAAAUUGUACAAGGUGUGAGACAUCCAAUAUUCGCUUCCGCCAUUGUUUUUCCUUCCUGUGUCUUUGGAGACUAACAGCAUUUUGUAUUGUUAGAACAAGAUGUAUUUGGUAUGCAAUAGUGCAAUAGCGCACAAUAAAA